CAUAAUCUCAAACUAACAAAACAAUUUUAUUACACUCAUUUUCUUUUCCACCAAACAAUUUUUAGAUCAAAUUAAUUCUUCAUCUUCUUCAUUGCUCUACAUUUCAAUUCAAUUCUUUACCAUUUCCAUGGAUAAUUCCAAUAACCAACCCGAAAAUGCUGAGGCCAUUGCACCAAAUGAACAAGAUGUAAUCUCUGAUAGCCAAUCCGGUGAGUCUGAACCGAAUUUUGAGGAUGCUUCUUCGGUUUCUGAAAUGUUAACCAUCUCUCAGGCCCUGGAUGAUGUUGAUCGGUUUCUUGAUUCGUCGAAUGGGAAUCAUAAUUUGUCGGAAAUUCCAAUGUGUGUUGAAACAUUGUUGGAAAUGGUUGAAAAGAAGAUGGGGGAUUAUGAUUCUGAUAAAUUCGGUCAUAAUUCGGAUGAAGAUUCGUCGUUUCUUGAUUGUUUGACCCGCAUUUCGAAAUGGAUCAAUGUGUCUAAUCAAUCCGUUCAUCCUCCGGCAUUUUCCGCUUCUCUGAAUCGAGCGAGCGGAAUUUUACAUUUGGCUAUGUCGUUGUUGGAUAACGAGUUUCGAAGUAUUUUAGAUAGUUGCAAUCGUAAUAGCAAUAACAUCAACAACAAGAAGGCGUCAAUGUUGGCGUCUUUCAGCUUGCAUUAUCAGGAUUGUGAUCGGAAUCCGCCACCUGAAUUACCGGAUCCCAACCAAGUAGAAGAAUCAUUCCCAGGUUAUUCGCAAGAAUCGAUCUCCAAUAUGAGCAAAAUCGCAAACGCAAUGGUUUUGUUAGGAUACGAAAAGGAGUGCUGCAUGGCUUACAGUAUGAUCCGACGAAUCUACCUGAAUGCCGAAUUGGAGAAGCUUGGAUACAGUAAUAUUAGCAUAGAAGAUGUUCAAAAAAUGAAUUGGGAUACAUUGGAAAGCGAAAUCGCUGCCUGGAAUGAUGUUCUGAAGCAUUCCUAUGCAGUUCUGUUCCCAACCGAACAGAGUCUCUGCGAAUCCGUCUUCUCAGAAUUCCCUUCGGUUUCGAAAAGAUUAUUUAGCGAUCUUGCACAAGCAGUAACCGUCAGGUUUCUGAAUUUUGCGGAAGCGGUUGCUUUAUCGAAAAGAUCAGGAGAAAAAUUGUUCAAGUUUCUCGAUAUGUACGAGACGUUAAGAGAUAUAAUUCCUGCAGUUUAUAAAACCGACUCUGACGAAUUGAAAUCUGAAACGUCCUCUGCUAAAAACCGACUUGGAGAAGCCGCAGUAAGUAUUUUCUGCGAUCUCGAGAAUUCAAUCAGAAGAGAUCACAGCAAAACUCCUGUUCCAAGCGGAGCAGUCCAUCCAUUAACUCGUUACACUAUGAAUUAUCUGAAAUACGCAUGUGAGUAUAAAAACACAUUGGAACAGGUGUUUCUACAGCACCAAAAACCUGAGGAUGAUAAGUCGAAUAGCUAUGAUACAUUAGAGGUCGAAAAGGGCGCAAACGAAGAUGGAACGCAAAAAAUAUCUCCGUUUUCGAUUCAAUGGAGCAGAGUAAUGGAUUUACUAGACAAAAAUCUCGAAAUUAAAUCAAAUUUAUACCGAGAUCCCGCGUUACGAUACAUGUUCCUGAUGAAUAACGGAAGAUAUAUACUCAAAAAGAUCAAAGAAAGCGUAGAGAUCAACGAAAUGAUGGGAGCGACAUGGUGUCGGAAACGAUCGACGGAUUUAAGACAGUAUCACAAAGGUUAUACGAGAGAAACUUGGAGCAGAUUACUACAAUGUCUGAACCAUGAAGGGUUACUAGUAAAUGGCAAGGUGGUUAAGCCUGUUUUGAAAGAAAAGUUUAAAAUGUUUAAUGCUAUGUUUGAUGAAAUUCAUAAGAAUCAAAGUACGUGGGUUGUUUGUGAUGAGCAGCUUCAGUUAGAACUUCGGGUUUCGGUAUCGGCUAUCGUUAUUCCGGCGUACCGGGCUUUUCUAGGACGGUUUCAGCAGCAUUUAACGUCCGGUAGGCAAAUGGAGAAAUAUAUAAAAUAUCAAUCUGAAGAUCUUGAGAAUUUGAUUGAUGUUUUGUUUAAUGGGAAUCCUAAUUCAAUGGCGAAGAGGAGAACAUAAAGAAGAUUUAUUAGUAUUCAAUCAGAUUAUUGGAUUUUUCUUUUUGUUGAUUCAUUUGUUUUGUUUGUAUGAGAUUUAAUCUGUUGUAAAUUUUCUCAGGAUAUAUUAUUUUUGUACAUUAAUUAUUUCCUAUUGUGUGUUUGAAAUUGCUAUAAUGGAAGCUUUUAUGGAAGCUUCUGAGAGUAUAAUGUCAAUAACAUUUUCGGAACC